CUUUCAGUGAGUGACUCAUGCUCUAGCCACCGGACAGCUGACAAGAGUGGAGUCCUGCUGAAGAAUGUUGUGGAGGGCCAAAAAAUUGCCUUGUAUGAAAUAGUGCCAGAUGAUGUGAACGCAAUUAAAGAGCAGUUGUUGAAGUGGUCAGAUGAGUUGAUGCUUGAUGUCAUCCUGACAACUGGUGGCACGGGAUGUUCGCCAAGAGAUGUCACUCCAGAAGUAUUCCCGUUUAAUUGCAUUCUUGCUACGAGAUGUUUGAUUGAGAGGGAGAUUCCUGGAAUGUCAGUGGCAAUGUUGAUGGAAUCACUUAAAGUUGUCCCUACAGCCAUGCUAUCCAGAUCAGUAUGCGGAAUUCGAAACAAAACGAUAAUCAUCAACCUACCUGGGAGCCCGUCGGCAGCCAUUGAAUGCUUCAAUGUGAUCCUGCCUGUUUUGAGUCACGCCGUUCAUCUGGUCAGAGACGAGAAAGAAAAAUCUGAUGCUCUUCACUCUUUCAUUCAAGAUCGCCAUCAUCAUCAGCUACAGCAGCAACAGCAGCAGCAGCAGCAACUUGAUUCCAGUGAUCUGGUGAUGGAAGAUGUUGCCCUUGAGGAUUCAAAUAUGCCGUCGUCGUCAUCAUCAUCAUCAUCAUCGUCACAUAAUAUUACGUCAUCACCGUCAUCACAUAAUCAGACUGUGGAGCAUGCAAAAGGAGAUGAUGGUUGUCAUCAUCUUUAUGAUCAGCUUCAUCACAAGCAACAACAGAAACCUCAUUAUCAUCACUAUCAGCAACAUCAGCAUCCCACUCAUCAUCAUCACCACCAUCAUCAUCGUUAUCAUUCGUGCCAUUCUCGUUCGCGUUGUUCAUCUGAAUCAAACAACACAAGUCUAGUUGACGAGGCUCGUGUCGCCUUUCGACCUAGGGAGUCCAAGUAUCCGCUGUUGAAUGUGGACGACGCCUGCGACAUCAUCAUGAAUGAAGUUACAGUUCUCACUUCGGAAGCUGUUCCUUACGAUCAAUGUCUCAACCGAAUUGUGGCCUGCGAUGUCUUCGCUGAGUCCAAUCUCCCUCCAUUUGAUGCGUCCGUUAAAGAUGGAUACGCCAUCAUUGCUGCAGAUGGGCCAGGUGUAAAGGUCGUUAUUGACGUUUCUACGGCUGGAUCCAUGCAGGCAGCUACACCACUGGAAAGUGGACAGUGUUGCCGCAUCAGCACAGGUGCUCCCGUGCCUCCAGGUGCCGAUGCUGUUGUUCAGCUGGAAGACACCAGACUCGUCAAAGCUGAUGAAGAAGGGAAAAUAGAGUUGGAGGUUGAGUUUUUAUGCAAGGAAACAAUAAGUCCUGGUCAAGACAUCAGGCCUCUUGCAAGUGACGUUAAGAUGGGUGAGUGCAUAUUGAUGGCGGGAAUGAGAGUUGGUUGUGCCGAGGUUGGUCUGUUGGCCUCAGUUGGCAACAUCAGCAUCCAGUGCUACAAACUUCCAAGCGUUGGAGUCAUGUCAACUGGAAACGAGCUGUUAGAACCGGAAAGUCAUUUGAAAGCAGGCAAGAUAAGAGACAGCAACCGACCGAUGUUGCUGGCAUGUCUGAGAGAACAGGGAUUCCACGGCACAGAUCUGGGCGUUGCUGAUGACAAAGCUGAUAGUUUAUUGAAUCAUUUCAAGAUGGCUCUAGAGACUGUUGACGUCAUCAUCACUACAGGAGGGGUGUCUAUGGGGGAAAAGGACCUUGUGAAAGAUGUGUUGGUUCAUGAUCUUGGAGCAGUUAUUCACUUUGGUAGAGUUUUCAUGAAGCCAGGGUUGCCAACCACUUUUGCCACUUUAUUCUACAAAGAUAAGAAGAAAUAUAUAUUUGGACUCCCCGGCAACCCCGUCUCAGCUAUCGUUACCUUUCAUUUGUUUGCGCUACCUGCUCUCAGGAAAAUGAGUGGAGACCCAAAACCAGAACCAACUGUCGUUUUAGCAAGAGUAAGUCUAAAUUCUUUACUGGACCCAAGACCCGAAUACCACAGAUGUUCUCUCAGCUGGUUCAAAACAGUUGAUGGCAUUCCUAUAGCAACCAGCACUGGAAACCAACUGAGUAGCAGACUGCUCAGCAUGUCGUCGGCCACUGGAAUGCUUCGACUUCCGGCAGCCACUGCUUCCGGGGAAGAUAGAUUCGUGUCAAUUCUCGAAAAAGAUAGUUUGGUCGAUUGCAUUCUCUUCCAAAAAAUGAUAUAA